GAAGCGAAUUUUACUUUCUAAAAUAAAAUUUAUAAAAAUAUAAAUUCGCUGAAACAUAAAUGGAACAAUAUUCAAGUGGUUCUUGUUGUCAAAAAAUAUUAGAUUUACUUUUCACUUAGAAAGAUAAUAUCAGAAUCGAUACAUAUGAUGAAGUUUUAAAACAGAUCCUAUAAGUUAUAUGUAAAUCAAGAAUUUAAAAAAUAAAUAUAAAUUAUUUGCCAUGGAUCGUGGCCAAGAAGUUAGAGAAUUAAAACUUGGAGCUAGUUUUGCUAGCUCUAAUGCCAGAACUGUGUAUCACACACUCAAAUAUGAUUUCAAGCCUGCUAGUGUUGAUGUUCAUAAGGAAGCAACCCUCCAGACUGGUUCUAACAAUUCUGUAACAGUAACACUUCCACAUUUAGAUGGAUCUGGAGUACCUAAUACCAUCUUUAAAGGAAACCAGCGGGAUUACACGAAGAAAGAGUGUGUUCUAAUUAUCAAUCGUGAUACUAAUGAGAUAAUCCUGGAAAGAUUGAAUAGUCAAAUCCUCGUGAAGAAAACAAGAGCUGACAACAGUAAUAAGCAGACUUCACUCAGCAACAACAGCAGCGCUCCAAGUAUUGCCAAUAAAAGUGACACUUCACAAACAAAUUUUACUCCAAAAGUUGAAAACCAGACAGCACGUCAUAGUUCGAAAACCCGAGUAUCAACUGGUUUAAGGAAGAAUAAUAUCCUAAAUUUUGUGCCAAAACAUUCACCUUUACAAGGUUCUCCUUCAUAUGCGCAUAGAAGUCCACAGCAAGCGCCAUUAUGGAAUGCUAAUAACCCGCAGCAGACUUUGCCAAGUAUACCCAGCUUAUUGGAUGAAAAUUUCUCCAACAACAGUCAACCACCACCAUCAUCUGGCUACAAUAAUAAAAAUAAUAAUAAUAAUCCUAACACUAAUAUCAGCUUGAGCAAUCAAUCGGCUUCAACGUCUGCAUCUGGUGCAAUUUUGCAACAACAGCAACAACAACAAUCUCUUGCUCUUGAUGAUAUUGGCGAACUCAGUUCGUCAUCUUCUAGUGAUUCGAAUGAUGAUGAAAGUGAUUCAGACUCUGACAGUGCUGAUAGUUCAACGAAUAACGCGACGAACAUAUGUAACAACGUCAAUAACAACACGAUAAUGGCAAACAAUGUUCUUAAUCAAAAGAAAGCUCCAACAUCGUCCAAUUUAAACAAUCAUUUGGAUAACUCAGCAGCAAUAUUGCGAAAGGAUCUGUGCCUUUCAGACUCUAACUCAGAUUCGGAUUACUGAAGAUAUUUAAAGUUUGUACGUAUUGAGUAUAAUCGCGGAAUGGAAGGAAACUUUUCUUGGUUGAUUUCUGGGAAUGGAAAAAUUUGUAAUUAUUUUUUAUCUAAAUAAAUAAAUAUUUUUUAUUUGUUACAUAUGGCAUGAAAUUAAAAAA